CUUGCUCAUUCCGAUUCCGUGCUUCAUCACUGUUUCGUGCCGCCGCUCGUCGUUGUUUGAAGCAAAAUAUUUAAGUUUCUGCAGGUUUAUUAGAAGUGAUUGUGGGUUAGAAAGUGGUGAUUUAGUGAAUUGUCGGUGCCCCGAUUGAAGAAAGUUGAUUUUGGAAUCCGCCACAAUGGACCAGCAGAUGGACAUUAGCUCGUACGAGGGCCGCAUCGUCAAGAUGGAGGUCGACUACUCGACGAUUUGCGAUGAAAAGAUCCCGUCCAGCAAGGAAAUGGCCAAAGCCGGAAAGUUCAACGAAGCCCUGGAAGUCCUGCUGCAGCUGGAGAAGCAAACGCGCGUCGCGGCGGACAUGGUCUCGUGCUCGCGUGUCCUGGUGGCCAUCGUGCAGAUUUGCUUCGAGACGAGCAACUGGAACUACAUGAACGAGUACAUUACGAUUCUGGUGAAACGGCGCUCGCAGUCGAAACACGCCGUCACCAAAAUGGUCCAGGAGUGCUGCACGUACGUGGACAAAACUCCGGACAAGGAAACCAAGCUGAAGCUGAUCGACACGUUGCGCACGGUGACGGAGGGCAAGAUUUACGUCGAGGUGGAACGGGCCCGGCUGACGAAAAUGCUCGCCGACAUUAAGGAAGCGGACGGGGACGUGACCGGAGCGGCCUCGGCCAUGGAGGAACUGCAGGUGGAAACGUACGGCUCGAUGGACAAGCGCGAAAAAGUCGAACUGAUUCUGGAGCAGAUGCGCCUCUGCCUGGCCAAGCAGGACUUUGUGCGGACGCAGAUCAUCGCCAAGAAGAUCAGCAUCAAGUUCUUCAACGAUCCGGAACAGCAGGAUUUGAAGUUGAAGUACUACGACCUGAUGAUUCGGCUGGAUCAGGAUUCGUCGUUUAUCAAAACUUCCCGCCACUAUCUGGCCGUGGUGGAUUCGGAGUCGAUUGCGAAGGAAACCGAGCGCAGACAGAAGAUGCUGACGUACGCGGUGCUGUACUGCAUUCUGUCCCCGUACGAUAACGAGCAGGUCGAUAUGAUGCACAACCUGUCCAAGAACAAACUGCUGGAGGAGCUGCCGGUGUACAAGGAACUCCUCCGCCUGUUCAUGUGCAAGGAGCUCAUCAACUUCGACGCCCUGUGCACGGUGUACGGAGCCGAGCUGAACACGUUCGACAUCUUCAACCAGGAGACGACGCACGGCAAAAAGUGCUGGGCCGAGCUGAAGAACCGCCUGAUCGAGCACAACGUACGUAUCAUCUCCAACUACUACACGCGCAUUAACCUGAAGCGCAUGGCCGAACUGCUGGACCUGAGCGAAGCCGAGUGCGAGGAGUACCUGUCGCGGAUGGUCAACGCCGGAACGCUCACCGUCAAGACGGACCGACCCGCCGGCAUCAUCCACUUCUCGGCGAAGAAGGCCGCCUCGGAGAUCCUCAACGACUGGGCGUUUGGGCUGAACGAGCUGAUGAAUCUGGUGAACAAAACGUGCCACCUGAUCAACAAGGAAGAGUGCAUCAACCAGGUCAUGCCGGCGACCCCGGCGGCUUCGUCGUAAUUCUCGUCGUUCGUAUUAGACACCUCGGCGGUUCUUAUCGUAAUUCUCUGAAUAAACUUAUGUAACUGUGAAGCGAAA